AUGGCGAGUAACAAUCCCAGUGCCUGCAACGUGUCGCCAUCCCGCGUGGGGUUCCGAAGUGGGCCAACGUCGCCUCCAGCACCGGGAAAAGUUCAGGUUCCGACAUACGACAGCGAUGGACUCGAAAGCGACGACGAGACUCUGCUCGCAUUAUCGUCGCUGCCCAAGAUGGAGUCAAUUCGCGCCCCUCGUCAAGUUAAACCGGCAAAUUACCAGCAGGAGCAGCCGAUUAUCUCCUCGAACGCUGUCUUGGACUUGUCGUCAGACUGUAUCGAUGUCGUACAACAGGCCAUUGAUGCUGUAGAAGAAGCGCUUGCGCGGUGCCCCAAGUACGAACGGCGCGAGGCGCUUACCGAGCUGCUGAUGCACGCAAAACUGGAACAGGCGAGGAAGGCCACGGCACAUAGCGCUGAUUGCUACCAGCACGCGAAUGUCUGGGCUGCAAUGCUGAUGCAGGUGCAGGAACUCGGACGCAAUUACCCCAAAGACCCGCAGGUUCACCAACUCGUGUAUCUAGUGCAGCAAUGUGUAGCGAGGGGCGAGAAGCACGAAGUUCCUGAGCAUGAUGAGCACGAAAGCUCCACUCCAUACAAUCACCAACAGGAGGACAGCGAGCUCGUUGUGGAGGAGGAAACGCAUCAGCAAGAGCUUGAGGAUGAUACCGACUUGUGUGGCAGGAUGGGAGAAGCUGCAGUUGAUGUUGAUGGCGUGCUGGACGAUGAUGACGGAGAUAUCGGCUACAGGAUCACGGAGGAUAUCCUGGAGCCCGAAUCCAACCAGGCCGAGGACGAAAGCGGUGAUGACGACGAAUUGAAGCACGACGAUGACCGGGAUACUAGCUCACACCACGAUGACACGGAAAUUGAAGAACUGGAUGAGCCGGUGAAGCCGUCGAAGCAGUCGAAGAAAUAUGCAGCAGCGUCCCCCACCUCUCGCCUACGAGUACUUCUCCCGAUCUUGACGGCGAACAUCAUCGUCAAAGGUGUUCAGGUACCCCGCCUUCCCCGCGGGAGUGACGGAGGCUAUAGCAGCAGCGACUCCGACAAGUCGGACAGUGCUAGUGUUUCCCCGAGAAAACCAGUCGCCAAGGUAACAGGAAGGAGCUCGCGCCAGAAGUUUCAAUUUCGUGAAAAGGAGUUGCUGCAGCUCUUGGAAGACGAAGAGGCCAAGCCAGGCUCGGCCUUGAGCCCCGGUUUGCUUCGACGAUUCAGCCCGAACUCAAAAAUCACUGGAACAGUACCAUUGAGACGAAAGUCGUUCUCAAUGAAGCGCAGCCCACUGAAGAGUACUGCAUUCGCUGGUUUCGGUCCACUCCCUGUUGUUGCGCAACAAACUCGCCGCAACAGUAAGAGCUUCUCGGUGACCAAACACCAAAUCCUUGCCUUUAACAACAUCAAGAAGGUGGCAGCAGCUCCCAGGAAAACCUCGUCCGGAUCACCCCGAUCUCUAUCCAAAACAGCAUCUCCAGCUUCCCCAGUAUCUGGUACCCAAACACAAAUGGUUUUGCGCGUUCGUGAGCGUCCCAGUGAUGGUGUCCCGGAGCUCGUGAUUGCCAAGAAGCCCGUUCGUUUCGUCGUGUGGCAUUGGAACGACCGGUGCAUUCGAGUCCCGUUCAUGAGCGCUGCGAAUUUCAUGGAGCUUGGGCCAGCACAGCACGGCAUCAUGCUAAGGCAGCUGCGCUACGUAAAGUCGAUGAUGCACGAGCUACCGUGGGCUAAGGCUCAUUUGCGCUCGCUGUUGUCGCGAUACACGGCCAAAGAGGUAUCCAAGGAGGAGCUGUACCCACAACUCAAUGCUCUCGGUCUCCAGGUGCAACGUGAAAUCGGUUCCCGUGCCAAGCAGCACCGUGCGCUCACUGCUCGCAAGCAGCGACUCACAGUCACAUUGACACUGGCCACAAGUGUCGUAAACGACACCCUCGUGACGAAGUUCGGGCGACGCGGUCGGCCGCAUGCCUCACGUCUGCUGUACGACCCGACCACGCCACUUCAGCUUCGCUGGAGACGUAAACAUGGUGAGCGCAGUGUCGAAUACCUUGCAGUCGAUGAGAUAGAAGUCAUCGAAGCGCCCGACGCGUCGAGACUGAGCAGUGGAAACGCAGGAACAUUCGGUCGCGGAAACAAGAAGGCUGCUGCUGCUGUUGCUGUCGACCCGGAGUCGUGUCUGUCGCUCGUGACACCGUCGCGUUCGCUAGAUCUGCAAGUUGCCAGUGCACUGCACUGCGAGUGGCUCGCGAAUGCCAUCCGCGACAUCGUAUCCUUCGCGCAGCAGUACAAGGCUGCCAAGACUGGCGCGAGCUCCAGCGACGAAGGCAGCUCCAGCGACUCCAUGCCCGGCACCACCGCCAUCGCCAUCGCAAGACGGCCGCGACAGCUUCCCUUGUCACGCAACGUCAUGCUCUACUAA